AUGGAAGCAGAGGCGUUGCCAGACUUUACUGAAGAGGGCCACCUGAGUGAUGACGAGGGAGAGGGAGGGGAUGAGAUGGAGAAGAAGAAAAAGAAGCUAAAGAAGAAGAAAGAAAAGGAUUCAUCAAGCUCAUCUUCAUCUUCUGAAAGCUCUUCGUCGGAAAGUGAGGAUGAGAAGAAAAAGAAGAAAAAGAAGAAGAAGAAGAAGAAAAAGGAUUCUAGUUCUUCCUCCUCUUCCUCUGAAAGUGAGGAUGACAAAAAGAAAAAGAAGAAGAAGAAAAAGAAAAAGGAUUCCAGUUCUUCCUCCUCUUCCUCUGACAGUGAUGAUGACAAGAAAAAGAAGAAAAAGAAGGACUCUGGUUCUUCGUCUUCCUCUUCCUCAUCUGAAAGUGAUGAUGAAAAGAAGAAAAAGAAGAAGAAGAAAAAGAAGAAGAAAAAGGAUUCUAGUUCUUCCUCCUCAUCCUCUGACAGUGAUGAUGACAAGAAAAAGAAGAAGAAGAGGAAGAAAAAUAAGAAGAAAAAGGAUUCAAGCUCAAGCUCCUCGGGCUCCAGUUCCUCGAGUUCCAGUGGCAGUGACAAGGAAAACAAAAAGGCCAAGAAAGACAAGAAGAAAAAGGAGAAUGGAGAAAUCAAGAUGUCUUUCGAUCUGAGUUCAGCGGUAGAGGAACCGAUGAAGAAGGAGGACGCAUCAAAGGAUGAGUUCAGCUGGCCUUGGAGCAAGAAGAAGGAGGAGAAGGGCGACAGCAAAGACAAAAGUGAUGACAAGAAGAAAUGUGACAAAAAAGAUGGAAAGAAAUGUGACGGUAAAAAGGAUGGAAAGAAAUGUGACGGUAAAAAGGAGGGUGGAGAGCACAAGAAGAAAAAGAAAGACCACAAGAGUGGGGAAGGGUCAAACACCUCUUCUUCCUCCUCUUCUUCCUCCAGCAGUAGCGAUGAGAACUGA